AGAAGAGGCUACACUCUUAGCGCAAUACUGAAUUAAAAUAUUUGGAGGUGGAGGUGCCGCAGUAAAAUCUGUGAUUUGUAAACAUCGGUCCCAUUUGUGAGUGUUUCUCAGAAGCAGCCAUGAAAUGCGGACUUUUGUGGAUCCUGGUCACGACGAUGGCCUUUCAAAAUCUCGCGGCAGAAAAUGCCAACGAACAUUAUACAGUGGCACAGAAAGAGAAGACAAAUCCUUAUUUGGAAGAAAUCUAUAAGCAAAUUGAUGCUGUUGAGGGUUUGAACAGGGUCAAGCACAGAGAUUCAGUUGCCUUUAUCAUUGGCUCCAACAAGUAUAUAGAUGAAGGAAUUCCGCUUGCUAGGGAAUUUAUAAAAAUCUUUGAUUUAAUAGAUUUGAUCUCACGUGAUUACGACUAUUUGAAAAGAUACCUUAUCGACAAUUUUGAAAAUGAGACGCUUCUAAAUUUAGCUAAUUACGAGGUUUCAAGUAAAGAUCAUGAUAAUCUUCAAAAUAUGGAAAAUCUUCACCUCAAGCUGUUCGGAAGUGAGGACAUUAUUGGUCAAUUAGCCAGCGGAAACCAGCUGUUCCAUGUCUAUUCCUGCCGAUCACCACAAUCCCCCCAGCAAUUUUUAUACUCCAUGUAUGUGGAAUACGUCCUUGCUGAACUUAAAGCCCACGCAUUGAUAGUGUGGUCAUGGAUGAUCCUCAGGAAGUUCGGACAGGGAGGAUCCAUUGAGCAGGAGGAAAGAUCUCGAGACGCCUACAUGCGAAGAGUGCCAAGCACUCUAUCUAGAAUCAAGGACUUGAUGAACGGAGCAGAUCGCUCUGUUUGGCGCUGCGACCCAAGCAACCACAAGGUCGGGGUCACCUAUGAAGAGGUCACUCGCCUCCUGCAGGGUUACAUUGAGAACGAGGUGGACCUAAACAGGGAUGGAUCCUGCAGUCGUGACUGCGCCUUUUACAAAUCCACAAAGUCCGAGGGCUGCACCGACAAAAAGUUCUGCUCCGAGCAACCAAAAUGCUCCGGUGGCGUGUACGACUGUCGCUUUGUGGAAUCCGAUAUGAAGGUCUGCCAAGCGGCGAAGAACUCCAACCGGCGGUACGAGUUCAUCCAGUACGAAAGUGGACGUGUCCUCGGAAAUGGAGGCAGUUGCCACACGUGGUUAUGCGAUGCAAAAAGCUGGAGGAGAUGGAUUUUCAUGCAAUGCAGCUACUGCCUUUGCUUGUGCGAUGAUCAGGGUGAUAAUUCCGAUCGCUAUUUCAACCUGAGACCUGUGAUCGCCGAAGUGGAAAAAAACAGAGUCGUGACAGGCCUUCGUUUUGUGAAGCGCAAUCGCGUUUUCCACCUGCAGAUUCAGGAGGGCGAACUUCUGCCACGUGGAGUCAUUAGUGAGUCCACAGUGUACUGGGUACCUGUGGACAGUUACAGCGUAUCCGACAAAGAUGUAAGAAAGGACAUCGACUACCACAUGCUGAGCUACGAGAAGCGAUCAAUAGAUCUGGAUGACCUGAACGCAGACAACAACAACUCCGUGGUAACAGGAUUGCGAUUCAAAGUAAAAGGAACCCAUCUUCAUCUGGAGGCCCAAUUCAGCAGAUUUGAGUUCCAGAGCGGAGUGCUUAUCGAGCCGCAAACAACGAGUUACUGGAUGUCCGGGAGCGACGAUGAACGAAGGGGUAAAGUGCCCCUGAAGGACCCCCAAGUGUCAACGCGAUCCUUAGCUGCAUCGAUACCUUAUCCAAGUGACAACCAGUUCUUCGAAUUUACCAACACGGGAUUCGACAAGGAUGCUGGCCAGACCACUGUGCCCUUCAUCGACAUCCAGGACGUGAUUUCGAAGCCGGCGGUUCCUCUCUCCGGCAUUGGCAUAUAUUAUAAAGGACGGGAUGGCUUUGGUGGCUUCCUGGCCCCGAAGAUAAUCACCUAUGACUUCUCGCCCCACGUCCAGCUGCCCAAGUGGGAAUCUGCGUAACCUUAAUUGGAGGACCCAGAGAAGGAUGAACUAUUUAACAUCAAACAAUCAUAUUAAAAUAUAAUAAGAAAAUAAAAAUGAAUUGAAGCGUAAAA